AUGGACCAAGAUUUCGGAAUCCAAGUGAGUCCUAGCUACCUUAAAAGUCAAGCAUUUCACUUCGAGGCCCCUUUGAGCACACUCCGUCAAAACAAGCGACUAAAAUUACGACUCCUGCUGAACCACAACAAGUUAUUGAGCUGCCAAACCUGCCGAUACGUGGGCUGGAAAUCCGAACAGCGAAAAUUUUUCGAGGAAAACGAGCUUUUGGAUGCUGAACUGGAUGAGACGGAAGGAAAGUUUUCCAUCAGCGAAGGAUCAAUUCUUCGGGGCCCCGCGUUUCCAGUACAAGUUCAAGUUCCAAGUGGAAAUGUCACACCAUUGUUACAGAAAUGUUUGUUCCGUACCGUUGAUCGAUUGCAGUCGGAAGUUGUCGAUAAUUCUAAAUUGCGCCGGGAUUUAAGCGAGGCCCAAGAAGAAACGAAAAAGCUGAAUGAAACGUUGGAAGACAUCACGAACAAUCACAGAUCAGCGGUGGACGCGAUGCUCGGUUCUUUCGUCUUGAUCUUGAACGAAAAGAAAGCCGGUCUUCAAAACUACGCUUCAAUUCCAAUGCAAACUGCUACUUCAUCUACCCAAAAAUCCCGAACAUUUUCCGAUGACGAAGAAGAUGAAAUCGUAGCCCGAAUUGAUCCGUCUCAAUUUGCCGACGAAGACGACGAAGAAGAUGAACCCGUUCGGAAAAUUGCGGCUAUUGACCAUCCUAAAGGUCUUCAAGAAAAUUUCGAAUUAGAUGACGACGAUAUUGAAACUGUGCCUGCGAAUUCCGUCAAUGAUUUGAUAUGAAGACGCUGCAGCUUUUAAUUCCGUUCCUUUCGCUUUACCGACCGUUUUCUCCGUCCCGAGUUUUCGUCGUUAUGGCAUAGGUGUCGCCUGAAUUUUGUUACAUUUUUUCAAAGUUAAGAACGUGUCCAGGUUAUGUUGGUCAGGUUACUGUGAAUGAGUUUAAAUUAUAUUUUCUGAAUCAGAUACAAAAAGACGAUAACGGGUCCAUUUCAGUGAAGUUGAGGAUUGAGCGCUGUGGACGGACUGUC